CUCACAUUCUGACGUUUCAAUUUCAUAGAUAAUGUGGGAAGGCGUUGUAGAAGAAAGCUCAGUGACCGAAAUUGAAAUUAUGUUUAAUGACGGCUACUAAAGUAAUAAGUCGAGUUUAAAGCCGCUACAUGAACUUUUACUUCUUGUAGAAUCGUUGUAGUGUAGUGUUGCAAUCUUAUAACCGUAAGUUGAAUAAAAGGCAUAAAACUGGUGUUCGAUAAGUCUCUUGGCAAUAUGCCUGCCGUGAGGGGAGAUGGAAUGCGAGGGCUCGCAGUUUUCAUAUCUGACAUUAGAAAUUGCAAAAGUAAGGAAGCAGAAAUAAAGAGGAUCAACAAGGAACUGGCCAACAUACGUAGCAAGUUCAAAGGCGACAAAACUCUCGAUGGCUACCAGAAAAAGAAGUAUGUCUGUAAACUCCUAUUUAUUUUCUUAUUAGGUCACGAUAUCGAUUUUGGUCAUAUGGAAGCUGUAAACUUGUUAUCAUCCAACAAAUAUUCCGAGAAACAAAUAGGCUAUCUAUUCAUAUCAGUACUGGUCAACACUAACAGUGAUCUCAUAAAACUUAUAAUUCAGAGCAUUAAAAACGACCUACAGUCUCGAAACCCUAUUCACGUGAAUCUCGCCUUGCAGUGCAUUGCCAAUAUAGGCAGCAAGGAUAUGGCUGAGGCCUUUGGUACUGAGAUUCCUAAGUUGCUAGUAUCUGGGGAUACCAUGGAUGUGGUUAAACAGUCUGCAGCUCUCUGUCUUCUAAGAUUGUUUCGAAAGUCACCUGAAAUAAUUCCUGGUGGUGAGUGGACAUCUCGAAUUAUACACUUGCUAAAUGACCCACAUAUGGGUGUUGUAACUGCAGCUACAUCACUGAUAGAUGCACUUGUAAAGAAAAAUCCUGAAGAAUACAAGGGUUGUGUAACUCUGGCUGUAGCUAGGCUAAGCAGGAUUGUGACUGCCAGUUACACAGAUUUGCAAGAUUAUACAUACUACUUUGUUCCUGCACCAUGGCUAUCAGUGAAACUAUUGCGGUUAUUGCAAAAUUAUACUCCACCUUCAGAAGAGCCAGGAGUAAGAGGACGUCUGUCAGAGUGCUUGGAGACUAUCUUCAAUAAAGCCCAAGAGCCACCAAAAUCAAAGAAGGUUCAACACUCCAAUGCCAAAAAUGCUGUCCUAUUUGAAGCCAUAAGUCUAAUAAUACAUAAUGACAGUGAACCAAAUUUGUUAGUUCGAGCAUGCAACCAACUUGGGCAAUUUCUAAGCAAUCGCGAGACCAACCUAAGAUAUUUGGCACUAGAGUCAAUGUGCCAUCUUGCUACAUCUGAAUUUUCCCAUGAAGCAGUGAAAAAGCAUCAAGAAGUUGUUAUCCUGUCUAUGAAAAUGGAAAAAGAUGUGUCUGUUCGACAGCAAGCAGUUGAUUUAUUGUAUGCAAUGUGUGACAAAACCAAUGCAGAAGAAAUUGUACAAGAAAUGUUGGCAUACCUGGAAACGGCUGAUUACUCUAUAAGGGAGGAGAUGGUUUUGAAAGUUGCUAUAUUAUCAGAAAAGUAUGCUACUGAUUUUACUUGGUAUGUAGAUGUGAUUUUGAAUCUUAUUAGAAUUGCAGGAGAUUAUGUUUCUGAAGAGGUGUGGUAUAGAGUGAUCCAAAUUGUAAUAAACAGGGAGGAAGUUCAAGGAUAUGCUGCUAAAACUGUUUUUGAAGCUUUACAGGCACCAACAUGUCAUGAAAAUAUGGUUAAAGUGGGAGGUUAUAUACUAGGAGAAUUUGGGAACUUAAUUGCUGGUGACACCCGCUCUUCACCCCAAGUCCAAUUUGAACUUCUCCACUCCAAGUAUCACCUUUGUUCAGCAGCUACGAGAGCUCUAUUGCUAUCUACAUAUAUCAAACUUGUUAAUUUGUUCCCAGAAAUUAAAAAUAGAGUACAAGAAGUAUUUAGGGCAGACUCUAAUUUGCGUUCAGCAGAUGUAGAGUUGCAACAGAGAGCAUCAGAAUACUUGCAGUUGAGUAUAGUUGCAAGUUCAGAUGUUUUGGCCACAGUUUUGGAAGAAAUGCCUGCAUUCCCAGAAAGAGAAUCAUCCAUAUUAGCAGUAUUGAAAAAGAAAAAACCAGGACGUAUACCUGAUGAAGUGAGAGAAUCAAAAAGCCCACUACCCAACGCUACCCCAGCUCCGAUUAUAAAUAACAUAGCAAAUACAAACAGUUCUAGUGCUGACCUUCUAGGAUUGUCUACACCACCUGGAUCUACUGCUAAUACUGGAAAUGGUUUAUUUGAUGUACUGGGUGACCUGUAUACAACUCCUAAAAUCAGCCCUAGUACUGUACCGCAAAAUAACAUCAAGAAAUUUUUGUUCAAAAACAAUGGAGUACUCUUUGAAAAUGAUCUCAUACAAAUUGGAGUGAAGAGUGAAUUCAGACAGAACUUAGGGCGGAUUGGGUUGUUUUAUGGUAAUAAAACUCAGUCCCCAAUCCAAAAUGUCCAUCCUGAACUGCAUUGGACUGAUUUGCAUAAGCUCAAUGUGCAGAUGAAACCCAUGGAACCUGUACUAGAAGCAGGCGCUCAAAUUCAGCAGAUGUUGACUGCAGAAUGUAUUGAAGAUUUUCCUGAUACACCCAGUAUGUCUGUAUCCUUCAUUUAUAAUAGUGUCCCACAAAAAAUUUCUAUGAAGCUUCCACUCACACUCAAUAAAUUUUUUGAACCAACUGAAAUGAAUGGAGAAUCAUUCUUUGCUAGAUGGAAAAACUUAGGUGGUGAGCAACAGAGAGCUCAGAAAAUAUUUAAGGCCCAGGGUUCAAUUGAUUUGGCUGCUGCACGUACAAAAUUAUCAGGUUUUGGUAUGCAGCUACUUGAUGGGAUUGACCCUAAUCCUGACAAUUUUGUUUGUGCAGGCAUAGUGCAUACUAGAAUGCAACAAGUAGGGUGUCUCAUGAGAUUGGAACCCAACAAGCAAGCUCAAAUGUUCAGACUUACUGUAAGAUCAAGUAAAGAAACUGUCUCACAAGAAAUAUGCGACCUGCUGGCAGAUCAGUUUUAACUCAGGUUUUACACUGGUAAAAUACAUCAACCAUGGGUUACUUCACAUACCAUGUAAAUUGCCAUAAAUGCCCAAAAGUACUUUUUUUUUUUUUAAACAAUUUACAAACUUGUACACUACAAUAAUGUUAAAACCU